UUUCUCUCUAUAUUUCUAGUUUCUACCCAUGGUCCACUUCUUCGAUGCUUCCAUGGAUCAUGCCGUUUUCCACUGAUUCAUAAAAAAACCCAUUUCAAUUCACUCGAUUUCCUCAUCUGGGUCUCUCUUAUUAUCCCAAAAUCUCAUCUUCUAACAUUCAAGUCUCCUCUUUUGGCUUUGGUUUUAUGGCUGAAGUUUGGUUGACCGACAUGAGUUUAACGGAGGAUUCAACCACCGAGUUGAUCAAUCAACUCCUGGACUUGAUGAAGGAUAUUUUUGGGUUAACGGAGUGCAGAGGAGUUUGCAAGAAGAUGCAUGGGAAUUUUGUCCGAAGAAUCAAGCUAUUGAGCCCUCUGUUUGAGGAGUUGAAGGACAAUUAUGGAGCUCUCAAAGAUGAAGAUAUUCGAGCACUUGAGGCGCUUAGAGUUGCAUUGGAUUCUGCCAUGAAACACCUGAAGUGGGUCAUCGAUGGAAGCAAGGUGUAUCAGGCACUGCAGAGGGACAUCAUUACAGAUCAAUUCCACCACAUUACGGCACAGAUUGAGGCAGCAUUGAAUGAAAUUCCUUACGAUAACCUUGAUAUAGCAGAGGAGGCUCGAGAACAGAUUGAACUUGUGCAUGCUCAAUUCAGAAGAGCAAAGGAAAGACUGGACUCCCCUGAUUUACUAUUUGAACAAGAUUUAUUUGUGGCGCAGAAAGAGAAGGACCCUGAACCUGCACUACUAAAAAGACUUUCAGAAAAGCUGCAACUUAAGACCAUCAAUGAUCUAAAGAAAGAAUCGAUUGCUUUCCAUGAAUUGGUUAUCUCAAGUGGUGGAGAACCUGGGGAUUUUAUUGAGAACAUGUCAUCCCUUCUUAAGAAGCUAAAGGAUUAUGUUCAAAUGAAUUACCCUAUAGCUGACAUCUCCGAAUGUGAAAAGGGCUCAGUUAAACACAGAUCUCCUCUUAUUCCGGAUGAUUUUCAGUGUCCUAUAUCUCUUGAACUGAUGAAAGAUCCUGUCAUUGUCUCCACUGGACAGACGUUUGAAAGAUCUUGCAUUCAGAAAUGGCUGGAUGCCGGACACAAGACCUGUCCCAAAACACAGCAGACGCUGUUACACACUGCCCUGACACCUAACUAUGUCUUGAAGAGUUUGAUUGCUUUGUGGUGCGAGAGCAAUGGCAUUGAGCUACCCAAGAACCAUGAAACCGGUAUACGUAAAAAAGCUGGAGGCCAUUUCUCAGACUGCGACCGGCCUGCUAUUGUUGCCUUAAUGGAAAAACUAGUGAAUGGAGCUACAGAGGAACAAAGAGCUGCUGCCGGCGAGUUACGAUUGCUGGCAAAGAGAAAUGCAGACAAUAGAAUAUGCAUUGCCGAGGCAGGAGCCAUCCCACUUCUCGUAGAGCUAUUGUCGUCCACUGAUCCUCGGACCCAGGAGCAUGCUGUGACAGCGCUUCUCAACCUUUCUAUAAACGACAGUAACAAGGCAACUAUUGUAAUUGCAGGAGCAAUACCUGACAUUGUAGAUGUGUUGAAAAAUGGCAGCAUGGAGGCAAGAGAAAACGCAGCUGCAGCGCUUUUCAGUUUAUCUGUUGUGGAUGAGAACAAGGUGGCAAUUGGAGCUGCUGGAGCAAUUCCGGCUCUUAUAAAAUUGCUUUGUGAGGGGACUCCAAGAGGAAAGAAAGACGCUGCCACUGCUAUCUUUAAUCUUUCAAUCUAUCAGGGAAACAAGGCAAGGGCUGUUAAGGCUGGCAUUGUACGUCCCCUAAUGAGUUUGGUGAAGGACGCUGGAGGUGGAAUGGUAGAUGAAGCAUUGGCACUUCUUGCCAUUCUUGCAAGCCAUCAAGAAGGGAAGAGUGCAAUUGGUCAGGCUGGCCCAGUUCCCGUCUUAAUGGAUUUCAUACGGACCGGUUCCCCACGCAAUAGGGAGAAUGCUGCAUCUGUACUAUGGUCACUCUGCACAGGUGACCUGCAGCAGCUGACAAUAGCUAGGGAGCUUAGUGCAGAAGAGGCACUGAAAGAACUGUCAGAAAGUGGCACUGAUAGAGCUAAAAGAAAAGCUGGAAGCAUAUUAGAGCUCCUUCAACGAGUUGACAUGUCUGUCGAUGUCUAAUAUUUCAUUGUCAAUGUCCAAAACCUGCAUUCAUGUCCUCAACUCUUAUUAUUUAUUUAUAAGAAUCCGUAGUAUUUGUCAUGCUUCUGAGACUGA